AUGAAGCGACCGGCAAGACACCAGGUGGUGUCGCGCGAGAUACCCCAAGGCGUGGCCCGCCAGCACGGCGAGACGCAUGUCGACAAGAUCCUUGCAGCACCCGCUGGUGUGACGGAACGGCUGCGCGCUCGCUGGUGUGACGGAACGGCUGCGGUGAUUGAGUCGUCGCAGCAAGUGCGAGAUGAAGACGAGCGGAUGAUGGAAGCUUUUGAUAGCGGGAUGUUCGCGUCGAAUCUUGGUAGAAAUUCGCGUGGUCGACCGACGACAAAUGACGCGCUUGGGCCGCCGGGAGAGAAUCCCGUGGCAUCGCGCACGCAUUGGCGCGCGCCAGACCUCAGCGUGUCCCGCUUUGCGUCGCUUGGGCCGCCUGGUGCGCGCUUGCCGCCGCAGCACCCCACGCCGAUGCACACAUCGCCGUCACCUGAGUAG